AUGUUUAGAUUGCAUCGAGCAGCUCGCGCUCUCCCCCGCACGGCGUCAACCCGUGCCUAUUCUUCAUUGCCGCCUCCGCCGCCCUCAAAACCGCUUCUUUUGGCCGGUGUUCUUGCUGCAGGUGGCCUCGGAUACUUUUCUGUAUCGCAGCUCACUGCGUACCAGAAGAGCCAGCCGGUGCCAGUACCAACACUCAAGCAGGCGGCUUCUCUUGAUAGCAUCGACACCUCAACGCCUGUCAAGGCUUUGACGUUGGAAGAGGCCAAUGAGAAGCUGAGAGAACAGGUGUACUCAUUCACUUUCGCUGGAGCAGACGGCAACAAUGGAAGAGUCGAUGUGGUUAGACUGGAGAGCAACAACCGCACGGAGGAUGAGUGGGAUCUCCAGGUGGCACAGGGAGUCAAUGGCGCCUCUACUUUGUUUGCUGGCGUCUACGACGGUCAUGCUGGCUGGGCUACGUCUGCCGUCUUGCGCAAGGCUCUCAUUUCCUAUGUGUCGUCUGCACUCAGCGGCGUGGGUUCGGCGUCUCCCGAAGCUGUGGAUGCUGCCAUCAAAACCGCCUUCAAUACCCUCGACGAGAAGAUCAACAAUCGUGCCCUGGACGCUAUGAAGCUCGGUAGAGACGAAGCUCUGGCCAAAAUCGUAGCUGAAUUGGCUCCAUCCGUUGCUGGCUCCUGCGCCCUGCUCACAAUGUAUGACGCUGCGUCAAAGACUCUUCGUACUGCAGUAUCUGGUGACUCCAGAGCGGUACUGGGAUCAUGGUCGGUCGAUAAAGAUAGCUUUGACGCACAUGCCCUAAGCAAGGACCAGACUGGCUUCAACGAAGACGAAGUAAAGAGGCUCGACAAGGCACACCCCGGCGAAAAGGAAAUCAUCGACCCCAAGUCGGGCCGUCUUCUGGGUAUUGCCAUCACGCGUGCUUUUGGCGAUAACCGCUGGAAGUGGACAGAGGAGGAACUCAAGGAGGCGCAUGCCUCAUACUACGCUUACAGCAUGCGUAAACCGUACAAGUCGCCGCCCUACAUGACGGCCGAGCCAGAAGUUACAACUCGCCAGGUUGGUAACGAGGAUUUUGUGAUUAUGGCUUCGGAUGGUCUGUGGGAUGUCAUUUCCAACGAACACGCCGUCGAGUGCGUCUCCCGCUGGAUCAAGGCCAAGAAGGCAGGCAAGCCCGAGACGGUGGUAGACACAAAAGGCGGAUGGAGGAUUGGCGAGGAUGGCACCGGCCAGCACGAGGUUAACCCCGACUACUUUGCCAUUGAAGACAUGGACAGCGCCGCCGUGUGUCUGCUGAAGAAUGCGCUGGGCGGUAACCGCCGUGAGCUGUUCAAGGGCAUGUUGACGACGUAUGCGCCACUGAGCCGCUAUGUCAGAGACGAUAUUACGAUACAGGUCAUCUUUUUUAGUGACCCUUCCAAGUAG